UUCCCACAGAGCUGAUUGCCUGCCUGUCCUAAGCUCUAUACUCCAAACUAUGUAGAUUUUCCCUUUUGCCUGUGGUUGUUGUUUCCCUCCAAUUCACCUUGGUCUCACUUUCUCUCUGGAUUUACUGAAUUUAUUGGAAACAUUUUGAUUUUACAAACACUGGAUUUCAUUUUUUUUUUUCUGUCUCAGAAAGUUGACCUGAGCUGACAUGGAUCAAGUCAGACCUCAUUACUCUGUAAGGGAAUUCAUUUGAUUUGUCAGUAAUGGCGGCAGAAGAGCAGAAGGAUGAUAAUUCACCUUAAUCUCUGAGUUUUCACUCCUUCCUGGAACAGGAGGAGGAGGAGGAGGAGGAGGAGGAGGAAGAGAAAGGCCAACAUGAGACUUCACACAUUACCUUCGACUAUACUUAUUGUGCUGCUUUCUUUGAACAAAUGGCUUGUGAAUUGUCAUUCACCGCCUGGGAAGCCUACAAUAAUAGGUUGCCGAUCCUCAGGAAACGAAUCAUUUAUUUGCUGGUGGAAACCUGAUGCAGGUGGAGGGCCUCCUAAAAGUUACUCUCUACUGUACAUCACAGAAAGAGAUGAACAGCCCCAUGAAUGUCCAGACUACAUAUCAGCAGGCCCCAAUUCCUGUUACUUUGAUCAAAGACACACCAGGUUUUGGACAAGAUACAACAUCACAGUAAAAGCUACCAAUGACUUGGGGAGUAAUUUCUCUGAUCCUCACUAUGUGGAUGUGAGGACUGUAGUUAAGCCAGACCCUCCUGUGGAUCUUUCUCUGGAACUGAAACAGUUGAAUGAGAGAAACUAUGUGUGGGCAAAAUGGUCACCACCACCUCUAAUGGUUGAUGAUGCAGCAAGCUGGCAAACAUGUAAUUAUGAACUGCGAAUGAACAUUGGUGGAGGACAGGAAUGGGAGACUCAUUUUGUUGGAGAGCAAACACAAUAUAGAAUGUCUCAGUGGCAGCCAGAAGUGAAAUAUACUGCUCAGGUUCGCUGUGUAAGAGAUAAUGGGGAAACAAGUGAAUGGAGUCCAGAAAGUCACUUCAAACUCCACAGUGGCCAACCUCCAGGGAAGCCAGAGGUAAUAAGAUGCCGCUCUCCUGAAAAAGAAACUUUUACUUGUUGGUGGAAACCUGGUUCUGAUGGAGGACUUCCUAACAAUUAUACUUUGCUCUAUAACAAAGAAGGAAGGAAUGAAUACAACGAAUGUCCUGACUACAUAACGGCAGGACCCAAUUCUUGUUAUUUUGAUAAAAGGCAUACUUCACUUUGGAAGAUGUACAAUUUAACCAUAAAGGCUACUAAUGAGAUGGGAAGUGCUGUCUCUGAACCUUAUUAUGUGGAUGUGGCUAACAUAGUUCAGCCGGAUCCUCCAAAAAACCUGUCUCUGGAAUUUGAGAAAAAAGUAUAUGGUGAAUAUCUCUUGUUGAACUGGUCUCCUCCUUUGCUGGGUGAUGUCAAAUCUGGCUGGCUAACCCUUGAAUAUGAGUUGUGCAUAAAACCUGAAGAAGGACAAGAGUGGGAGAAAAUAUUUGUUGGUCAGAGAACAACAUACAAGAUGUUCAGUGUAAAUCCUGGUGAAAGGUAUGUUGCACAAGUCCGCUGCAGAUCAGAUCAUGGCUCGUGGAGUGACUGGAGUCCCAAAAGUUACAUCAAGCUCCAAAAAGACAUCAGAGUGAAGGAUAUACUUGUUUGGAUCUUUGUGGCUUGUUUAUCGUUUGCUGUAUGUUUGAUAAUGAUCUGGACACUGGCUUUGAAGAGAACUAACAUGGUGGCCCGCAUUCUGCCACCUGUUCCAGGUCCUAAAAUUAAAGGCUUUGAUGCUCAGCUAUUAGAGGCGGGAAAAACUGAAGAAUUACUGAGUGCUCUGAAUUGCCAGGGUUUCCCUCCAACAUCAGAUUAUGAUGACCUGUUGGUAGAAUUUUUGGAAAUUGAUGAUAGUGAAGACCAGCAAUUAAUGCCAAAUCAUGGAAAGAAUCAUCGCGAUUUGACACACCAGGAAACAGACAGUGACUCAGGGAGAGGAAGUUGUGAGAGUCCUUCUCUAUUGGCGGAGAAGCGCAAAGAUGCCAGAAAUCCACCUGAAUUGAAAGCACUAGAUAUCCAGGAUGUGCAAAAGAACACUGGUAUAAAAAGCACACCAGAAACCUCAAGUAUAGACUGUGAAGGGCAGCUCUCUUGUUUCAACAGUGGUGGACCACGGGUGUCCACAUGGCCUGGGGCCCAGAUGCCAAAUUGUCAGACUCCUAAUUGUUUCAACCAGGAGGCCUCAGGUGUGUGCAAAAGAACACUCAGUGCCAUGAAUGUAAACAGGUCACCUGUUCUGAUAAGGAAUGAAGAAAUGGAUCAUCAUUCCGAACAUCCUAGAACCACUGAAACUAUUAGCAAAGGAACACCAGCCAAAUUGGAGGAUGGGACAAAUUUACCCUUAAAUGUUCACAGUGAUCAAAGGGUAUUGUGGUUAUUUCCUCCCGAGAGAUUGCCUUCUUCAUCUACAAAGCCAAUGGAUUAUGUAGAAGUUCACAAAGUCAAUCAUGAUGGCGUACUGGCUGUAUUACCAAAGCAGAAAGAAAAUGUUCACAAAUCUGAAAAAAGUCUGGUUGCCAGAGAUGCGAAUGAAUACACCAAGGUUUCAACUGUUGCCAAUAACCAUAUUUUGGUGUUAUUUCCAGAUCCCAAAAUGGGGGGUUUGCCUUCCUUUCAGGAACGUCCAAAGGAACUGAGCCAGAGAUGUCAACAGAGCCAAGCAGAGAAAAAUAUGAGCUACUGCCACUCUGCUCCAAAUGCAUACAAAAUGCAGCGUGGUGGGAUGGACUACAUGGAUCCAAAUAAUUUUAUGCCCACCUUUAAUUAAUUGAAAGGUUGGCUGUCCUCUUCAGAUGACACUACAAGUAAAGUAGACAUGAAUCACACAAAAUUGGUCAAAUAUCUGAUUAAGCUCAGUUGUUGUAGUAGUGCAUAGCUUUUAAUGCUUUAUGCUGAAUCACCUAUGAAUAUGCUGAUAGCUUACAGAUAAUUUUUUUCUCUCUGAUUUUUCAGAGCUAAUGUUUGAAGAAUAACUUACAGGAAUUAAAAAUACAUGAUGUAGUUUUAUUUUUUUAAAAAAACGAACACACACUACCAAUUUCUGUUUGUGAUGCAUUAUUACAUGGUUAAUGCAAAAUGUGACAAAAGCAACCUCAGAUCAUCAUCAAAUGUUAGUUGAGAGGUGCAGACUGCCCUUCUGCUUAAAAAAUCAGUGAAAAAUUGUAUGGCAGUCAGAUUCUUAAACUACACCAGUGGUGUCCAAACUAUUUUUCACAAGUGUGCUAUUAUAUAAGUAUGUAUUGUACACAAUACAAUACAAAUUGUAAACUUUACAAUACAAAUGUGAUAAAAUGUGCCACUGUAGUGCAUAGCUUGGGGAAGCUGCUUUUUGAACUACAGCUUCCAAAAGUCCCAGGGGUCAAGCUGGCUAGAGGAUUCUGGGAGAUGUACAAAAAAUGACCUUUUCCCAGUUACACAUUGCUCCAGUAUGAGGGGUAUACUACAUGUAUAACGUAUCAUGUUUGGGGGUGGAGAGACUUUUUCUUUAAGUUGACUGGGCCACAGUACUGCAGACCAUAAACAAGAGUUCAGAUCCACUUUGUGCGGCCUCUGGACCCAGGGACAUUUCUAUCCUAAGUGCCACAAAUCCAUUUAAUUCACUGCCAGUUGUACAGAGGGGACCCUUAGACAGGAGCUUUCUGAUCACCUCUUUGUAUACCAAUAUAACCAAUUCCCAUGUUAGCAAAUAGGUGGCCCAUUUGCACUUUCUCCUCUUUAUCUCUGCUGUAAGUAGGACAAGAACUGUCAGAGAAGGAGAAUGGUGGCAGAACUCCUUCAGCAUGUACCAGGGAGCUGUCCUUGUAAGCAGUAGGCCAGAAUUGUGUCUCCUGUGGUCUGCAUACAGCUUUCCAAGACACACACACACACACACACACACACACACACACACAAUGAACCCUCUCCCCUCUGAGGAAAAAUUGGCCUAAAAAUGAGCAGUUGCUGCCUACAAAACCUUUUGUGGGGCUAUUGUCCAUAUUAGUUCUUUUUCCCCAUGCACACUUGGGGGAGGACUGAAAUAACCUUUUUUGUGUUAGCCAGAAGCGAUCUUUCUAGUCACUUCCAGUCUCGAAAAAAGUGGUGGUUCCAGCCCAGAAAAAUCUGGUGGGAUGGAAGUCUGUGGACAGUGGGGACAACCCCUGGUACAUUAUUCUGGUGUUUUGAGAGGGAUUCCAGUGGCAGCUGCCUCCCCUGACGCUCAUUGGCAUACUGGAAAAGGAGACCCAGGACAUUAGGAGCAGAACCAGUAGGUCCACAGUAGCUGGCUUGAGUUUCCCCUUCUGCUGAUGUUGGACCUGAUCUAUGCCAUUCCUUGGCCACCCAAGAACUACAUGCUUUCUUCAGUAAAAACUAGCCAAAUACAACAGUCAACAUAAAGUAAACACAUGAUGGGGGGGAGGGGGAGAGAAUACAAUUGCUUAACAGCUUGCAUGAUUAUUGUUGUUCAUGCAGUUUUGCUGACAUGCUACUACUGAAAUGUUCAUACCAGUUUUUCUAUAACAUUUCCCUUUAUCUUUCUAUUUUAAAGAAAGCCCUAGUUUUAUGGAUGUUAAAAAUAUUAUACCAAAGACCCUUUAUCAGAUCUAAUAUAUUGAAUAUGGUGGAGUCUCCUACUUUGGAGGUUUUUAAACAGAGGCUGGAUAGCUAUAUAUCAGGGGGUGCUUUGACUAUGCAUUCCUGCAUGUCAGAGGGGUGGACUAGGUGGCCCUUGAGAUCUCUUCCAGCGCUGUGAUUCUAUGAAUAUAUUCCUGAAUAGAGGGGGGAGGUCUUCUAUACCUAGUUUUCCUUCUUUGCUUCAGUAUGAUUAUUGUGCAGUAGAAGCAGACAACUUACAGCCUUCCAGAUGUUGUUAGACUACAAAUCCCAGCAGCCUUAGCCAGCAAAGCCAGAGAUGAAGAAUGCUGUGAGUUGUAGUCCAACUCUAGAGGACCAUAUUCUGUCCACUCUUAUUGUAUACCCUAUCAUCUCUGUAGCCUUUUCAAACUAACUGCAAACAAAACCUGUUGCAAGGAUUUCGGCAUGGGGUUGGGGGAAGGGAAUUUACCUUUUUGUAUUCUUCUAAUGAUCUGAAUUACCUUUCAGCAGAGUUCAGUUACUUGUACUGCCUUAUUGUACAUAGUAAAAAGUCUACUUUAAUACAAGCCCUGUGUAUUUUUGCAGACUAUUUUUCUAUUGGUAAAAAAUAUAACUAUUUUCUAAUUCUCCAGAAAUAUGUACUUAACCAAAAAGUUUUGUUGCCUCCUCUCUUACUGUUCUGUGAACAAUGCAGAGGAUAAGAGAGGAAGGCGCAGUUUCUGUAAUGAAACUCUCUUGGUGUAGGGGUAAUGUCGAAUAUGUGUAAAAUUGUUUUUCUUGAGGUCUUCGGUUCUUCCUGCCAUAUCAAGUCCAUGUAUUUCUAUGCCUGUUUCAAGGGACUUACCCUCCCAGUGCAGUUCUCAUAGACACUUCCAGAAUGACAUUUAAAUCAAUUGCCUUUGCAAUGCCAAGUGCACUGGGCUUGUACAGUAAUGGUGCAUGUGAGGAGCAUGCCCUUCUGUGUCCCUAUCUGACAUGGAGCAUCACAACCAUUGAGAACUUUCAGUCCAGCAGCAGUAGAAAUUCUGGCUGAAUGUCUGCCCUUCGAGUCUUUCCCCCCUAUUUUCACUAAAAUAUUUAACUCCAUGGCAGACAUGGAGGAACCAGUAUUCUGAACUAUCUAAGCUUUUGGUCUGAUCCACCUUAUGGUCUGAUCUGUCUUAUGUUCUUAUUUGUGCACCUGUUAUAUUCAGCUUUUGGAAAACGGGUGCCAAAAAUUUUGGCUAUUCCUGGAGUAGGAAAGCAUAAAGCCAAAGGCAGGCAAUUUGUAACCCUCCUCAGAUAAUAUUAGAUUAGAAAUCUCACCAUCUGUCACAUGGACUUUGUUGAUGGAAUUUGCAUUUCUCCCUCUUGCCCACUAAAAACGUAGGGAAAAUGGAAAAUAGCUCUGUGUUGAAACACCCCUUUACAAUAGUGAAAAUUAAGGAAAUCUAUUAAAUGUGCACUGUUGUCCUUAUUUUUAAUGAGUCUGCAGUUAACAGCUUUCUAUUGUCAUCAUUAAAGGUCUCCCUUGAAACAGACCCACAUGUCCAGGACAGCAAAGAGUGACCUCUGUUCAGACUAAAUAUUGUAUAUAAGUAAAACAUAUAUUUUUCUCCCGCAUUAUUGCUGAUGGUCAAAGUGUGCUCUUACAUUUUUCCAAUAACAGUGGCUGUUAAUAUGUAUCAACUAGAAACAUAUACGUUGCCCUACACCAGUUUUCUAAUCAUCCAUGGCAUUAAUUAUAAACUGUGGUAAGUGGGUUUCCCCACCCCCAGUACAGAUUAUAUUAAAUAGAAAUUGAAGGAUUUUUUUGUUCUUUAUGCUGUGAUAUAAUGGUCCAGAAAUAAUUAUUUUUAAAAAUUUGUAAUUUUUAUUCUCUGUAAAAAGCAAUCUGCCUUUCCUAGCAGACAUGUCAAGUAACAAAUUCUGUCUUCAAUUUGUUGACUUGUUUUUGUCUAGCUACACAUAUGCAACAGGCUUUUAAAAUAUAUAUAUAUAAUUUACUUGUGUAGUCUUAUCAAUAAUGGCCACUUGUUAAAAUUCCAUUUGCAGCUUCUUCUUUCUCCUGUGUUCACUUCUCAAAUAUGCUGCACUCGCUGUUCACAUCAAUAAAUCUUACAUCUUUUGGCUGCAAUCUGAUUAGGAGAGUAAAUCCCAUAGAUCACAAUGGGAUUUACUUUGGAUUAGUAAGUGUAGAUGGGAAUGGUCAUUUUCUAUUGACUUGGCAUAUAGUAUGUGAGUGUUGUGCAGGAAAACAUAAACCAGCUAAAUAUGUGUUUGCUGCAAAGCCAUAAAGCUGUGCAAUAAGACAGUGUGAUGGAACAGGCUUGUUUCUUUUUCUCCAAACAAAUCACGCUACCUGUUUCCUUUGCCCUCUGAAAUCAGAGAGAGGGAGGAACGGAGAUGUCAAAAUGCUAAUUAUCUUGAAAGAAGCAAAUUGAGCCCUUUACAAUUGCUGUGAUAUGUGGCAGAGUGACAAAGGGGGUGCUUAAGGAAGCAGACAGCAUUUUUAGUUAAUUUUAAAUCCAUGAUAACUUAUAUUUGUUGUUGCUGUGUGCCUUCAAGUCAUUUCUGACUUAUGGUGACCAUAAGGUGAACCGAUUAUGGGGUUUUUGUGGUGCAUUUAUUCAGAGGAGGUUUGCCAUUGCCAUCCUCAGAGGCUGAGAGAGAGUGACUUGUCCAAGAUCACUCAGUGGGUUUUCAUGGCUGAAUGGGGAUUUGAACCCUGGUCUCCAGAAUCUAAUGUCUAAUGCUGAAACCACUACACCAUGCUGGCCGUUAUAUAUAUUUAAAGCUCUUCAGACUUUUUCUUUUUAAAUGUAAGCAGGUGAGAGUGAAACUGUGUAUGAGCAACUUCCAUAAGUUUAUUGUAAGCAAAUUCAUUCUGGCUCCAGCCUACCCAUAACCCAAUGUAAUCGGAUUGAGCCUAGUAAAUCUUGGGAAGGUUAGAUUUUGGCAGAGUGAAAUUGCCACUUCAGGGAAUAGAUUCUGGGUGUAUUGAAAGGGCAGGAAAGUGCUGCCUGUUGCUGUUGUUUUUACUGUCACUUUUGGGAAAUGGGGGCUUAUGUAAUCUUCUGCCUUACAUUCUGCUUUGGGUUUUGUGGACCUUGAUCCAUUGGGAUGGAUUGGGGCACCAUUUGCUAUUCUGCGUCAGUCAGCAAAAUGUUUUGGGGCCAGCCUUGUUUUGAAACCUUUUCUUGCUCACUUUUUGCAUUGAAAUAGCAGCUAGUGAGCAGCAAAUAUUAUGGAUGAAAGCUGAAGAUUUAUAUUUUCCUUCAGUUUCUUGCAAGUCAUACAGGUCGCUCAAUGAUUUCUUGUUCAGUGAUUUCUUAUGUAUUGUGGAAGCCCAAAUUUACUAAUCAGUGAAAAUUCUGAAUCUGGUCAAACAAUAUGAUGCAUUUAGUAUAUACUGUACAGUAUUUAGAAUACAGGCUCCACUGCUCCCUCAGGUGGUAAAACAGGUAUAUGCUUGUCAUAGUGGCUGCAUCCACAUUGCAGAAAUAAUCCAGUUUGACACUACUUUAACUGCCUUGGCACAGUGCUAUGGAAUAUUGGGAUGGGAACUGUAGUUUGUUGUGGCACCAGAGCUCUCUGACAGAGAAGGCUAAGUGUCUCACAAAACUAAGACUCCCAGAAUUCCCUAGCAUUGAGCCAUGGCAGUUAAAGUGGUGUCAGAGUGACUUACUUCUACAGUGUGGAUGCAGCCAGUGUGUGCUUUUCUUUGCCAGCAUUUAGCAUGUGCUUUUGUGUGUGAGUUUUCUUAUUAGUCAUGGGAAAGUACACAUGGGCUCAGUUUGCAAGUUUGAUUGCUGAAGAAAGCAUCUCAGUUCUAAAGGAAAACAUGUGAACUGAAUUCCUCAGAACAUAUAGUUUGACCCUCACACAUAUGCUAUAUAUUUCAUUUGAAGAAAAAGACAGAAUUCUAGCUGACCAUUUGGCUAGGCUUGUGCAUUACUAGUGUAUCCAUUUUUUGUAUUUGCUAGUUUAACUGAGACCUAUUUUCUUUUUGAAAGAAACCUACUGUCUACCUUGUGUUUCACAAAUUAAGAAAUAUUCUAGAUCACACAGAUUAGUUUUCUUUUUGUGAAUGAUUAGGAUCCCCAGUUUUAUGGGCUAAGUAAGCUAAAGGAUAUAGGACAUUGAUUAAAAAUAAUCUUUAUUUAAUAUAUUGAUUUGAGAACACUGGUAUAAAAUUAAAAGCUCAGGAAUCUUUUAUUGUUUGUCAGAUGUGUCUGGAAGACAAAUUGUUUUGCUGGAAGACUGUGGAGAAAGUUUGCUUUAAAUAACUUAUUGUUACUUUAAAUAAUGUCUACCACUGGUUUUACUGUAAUGAUCAAUAUUGUUAGUGUGUUAAUGUACUUUUUUCACAAACCUGUCCAUCCUUUACACUGCUGUUUUGUCGUUAUUGUUACUGGUCGGGGAGGGAAAGCUUUAUACUGUGUUAUCCAACAAUAAGGAAUAAAAUAUUUCUUGAGCAAAA